AUGGAAGAAACUUCAAUGGAAACUGACCGAACUGAAACUCGAGACGAGCCAAUUAAUAAAGAUAUUACUAAUGAAUUAUUAUCGGAGUCUUUAAACACCGGCGCCGAAGAAGUUUUAUUUCAGUAUCCAACCUUAUUUGGCGGUAAAACGUUGCUAGAACUAUGCAGCUCUUCUUGGUCUAGUUCUCCAAAAGCUAGAGUGGACGUGCAGCCGUAUCUACGGGGCUGUAAGUGGUCCCCUGAUGGUACUUGCUGCCUUUCUGUGGUGAAUAAUGACGGAGUACACGUUACUGAAUUGCCUAGAGAUUUGUAUACAGAAUCGGCCGCCCCAGAUCGAACGAUAGAUGUGUUGGAUUCUGUCAUACAUAUUAAGGAGGCAGGAUUGGUUUAUGAUUUUUGUUGGUAUCCAAGCAUGAACAGCAGUAUUCCUGAAACUUGCUGUUGGCUGACAACAAGACAGAAUGCUCCUGUUCAGAUGUGGGAUGCAUUUGACGGUUCCCUGCGGUGUUCAUAUAGGGGUUUCAACCCUGUGGACGAGAUGGAACCUGCUGUGACCGUGGCAUUUACCCUGGAUGGCACCAGGAUUGUAGCGGGGUACAAAAAAGUUAUCAGGACAUUUGAUGUGGAAAGACCAGGCAGAGAUUGUGCAGAACACAAGAUCACAUUCCCCGCUUCCUGUUUUGCCAUGGAUGGCAACAUGCUUGCUGUCGGUUCUUGGAACACCACAGUAAGCCUCUUCAAUGUCAAUGAAAUGGGUGGAUAUAAGAGCAUUGGAAAAAUGCAUGGCCAUUCAGGUGGAAUAACACACAUCAAAUUCACACCAGAUGGUCUCAAACUCGUGUCAGGCGCACGCAAAGACCACAGACUACUAGUUUGGGACAUUAGAUAUUACCGUAGACCACUGAACAUCGUGAGCCGAGUAGUCGAAACAAAUCAGAGGGUAUACUUUGAUAUAUCACCGUGUGGGAAGUAUCUAGUAACUGGGGGUACUGAUGGGAUAUUGAAGGUUUGGGCAGUAGAUACUAUGGAUUGGAAGAAUAGUUUAGAUGCUACUGAUGUUGAAGGAGAUAACGCAACGUAUAAGUUUCCUCUACACAAAGAUUGCUGCAACAGUGUGUCUAUCCACCCCUUUAGGCCCAUACUAGCAACAGGGUCCGGCCAGUACCACUUUAAAGACCCUAUUCAAGACGCUAGUGAAAUUAAUGGACAAGUUGAAAGUGAAAGUGUGAAAUCAAGUGAAGACUUGAAAUAUUCGAGCCAUGCUGAGAAUAGUUUAGUGUUCUGGUGGGUUGGUGAUGUACCUGAAUUAAGUGAUUUAACUUAAAUUAUGAUUUUAUUUGAAUUAAAUUGUAUUUAUAGAU